UGUUGAUCCCAUCUGCCGACCAUCUCCGGCCGUAUCGCGUCUCCGAUGCACGCGUAUGCGUCUCGCCCGCGUUGCACGCCACGGCCAUAAAGUCGUGCCGGUCUAGGAGAUCCCCGCAAAGAUUUAUUCUCGCCCCUUCCAUAUUACCCGUCCUCCCUUCAUUUAACGCGGAAUCAGAGGCAAGCUUUCGACUGCAUCUCCCCCUCCCCCUCUCCGUCUUCGUUGGAAUACUUCGAUCCGGAAAUACAUGAUGAUGCCUUUGGUUUAAUUGCAUGUUUAUCACCUACUCAUCUUGAGUUGUAUCAUAAUCAUUAGGCAGAGGAUAGAGAUGGAAGCGGGCUAAGUGAAUCCGUAGAAGACAGCCGGAGAGCUUCAUUUUUGUAUUCAUUUGCUUAAAUCAUUUCCUCGUCCAUAAAUACCCAAUUAAACCAAUCGGUAGUGCUGCUUGGAACUAUCUGAAAUCAUUGACCUUGUUUUCCGUUCUUGCAUGUCGUACGUGCAUGGCCGCUCGUCCUUGAAGUUCUUCAGUCUUCUUCCUCCUCCCCUCCUACCAUUCAUGUUGAAAUAAGAUGAAUGAUGCUUAUGACGCAGGCCUCUUCUUCGGAGACAACAAAUGGUAUCGUAGAUCAUCAAAGCCGAAGUCCCAACAGCUACACAUCUGAUGGCGACCGGUCGAGGCCCUCGUAAUCUUUGUAGCCGCAUUCAAGGCCAUGGGGGCCGCCAUGGUUGGGACAUUCAUACAUGCACCAUUCCCCGUGUUCAUCAAUGCAACCCGCCCUCUUUAAGCUGGGUAUCAGAUGGGCGUCUGAAUCUGAAUCGCCUCUGUCACUGCUUGCAGGCCAAGAUUCUCUCCCUCCUCUCUCUUUCAUACAUCUUUCGUGGUGCCAUUGAAUGAGUCUCACUGGAGCUUUCGCUGAAGCCCUCGAAAGGGAGGUAUCAUCAGUACUGAAGCUGCCAUAUACGGGCACCAUUAUUUUAUGUCGACACACACACACAUACAAUGAUGCUUUAAGUCUCUUGUGAGUUAUAUGCAUAUCUGCGGCCUUCCUUGUGUGAUCUGUGGAGGGCCGCCAAAUCAGAUUGAGACAGCCAGGCAUUUAUCGCUUGCCUGAUGAUUUCUUUUCGAAACAUAUCUACCAUAGUAUUCUUCUGUUGCAAUUAUUGUGAUGUCUAGAUUUCUGCCUUUCCCUUCUACAGUGUAGGCUUAAGUUUGGUUGCUAAAACAAAGUAGGAAUCAUAUCAUUGGAAUUUGUUGGAAGUUUCCUGCAUUAAAAUGACCACACAAGGGCUCGUGAUGCAGCUGUCAGAAUACCAUUUAGCAGCAUUUAUCACCCAAGCAUGGCAAGCCGAUUCGAUGCCACCUCCAUGGAGCUUGAUAAGAUCAAAUGGAUGUCUCCACAGCCAAUCCCUCGUUUUCCUCUACAGAGAUAUCGAUGCGAAAGCAUGACUUUGUUUUGUGUUCACCGGCCGUUGGAUGCGGUAAAUGUGACAGUAAAUGUGGAGCGGCUGACAGCUUGAGGAACAUAACGAGGCAGAAGACGGCUGGUCACUAAAUGAGGGGGCGAUUGCGUCUCCUCCUCCUAUUUAUUACAUUUAGCAUGGCACUGUGUCUUUGUGGUGAUCCCAUUCAAGCCUUCUGACAACGACUGUCAUCGUUAUCUUGCGCUGCUCUCACAAGCAGUGGAAAUCCUUUUAGUCGAUGUCAUUCCGUGCCAAAGGGAAAUUAAAUGGUAAGGUAACACUUGAUUGCACAACUUUUGUGAUUUAUGCUUUGUUGAUUGCUUUUGGAUUUACUUACUGGCAGUACUGCUCAUUAUUAAUCUUAAUAAAUACUGUGCACCCCUCGGGGAAGGCUAAAAGACUGAUGAUGUGUGUCGUAAUUCUAACAUUUACAUGCACAAUGCACAGUUGCAAUUUGCAGCUUGGCAUUUCAUAGAUUGCACCUUAGCAGUACUACUCGGUGAACCACCUGAACGAUGUGACGUCGGUGUGCUAUCUACAAAACAUGGAUUAACAGUGAGCAUAUACGAUGCAUGAUAUAUAUACAAUGGAAACAUGAGAAAGAAGAGAAGGACAAUGUUCUCACCCAUCGAUGAAGAACACGACCACUAUUGUCCAUCAGAAGUUGAUGAACUAGAAUGUAGAUGCCAUGCCUGGUGGCGCAGUUAAAGCGUGGCCCCAUCCCCUCCUCGAUGUUUGCCCGUCUCCAAUCUCCUCAGAGCUCAGAAACUAAAGCAUGUGUACGGGUGUCUGAAGCAUCUCAAUUUAAUGUGCAUGCAGAGCAUCUACAAAGCCCAUGCAGAUGCAAUGGUCUUAUAGCCGGUGGUGUGUCCAUUUGUUCUCGAUCGGCUUCUUCUCCGUUUGCCAUCUCUCCCCUCGCAUCUCAUUCCUUCACCAUUCCACGAUACCUUUCGAGUUCUUAGAGCUCUCCUUGUAUAUAGGUAAAUAUGGCCUGCAGCAGCUGCAUGUUCGUCGUGUUCGUAGAGCUGCUCUUCUUGUAGUUCGAUGUAAACCCUACCGGAGCCGCGGAACAUAAGGUUACCGUGCUAUAUGUUCACUGACACUGAGAGCUGAAAUAUCGAGUCCAUAGAACUCAUCCUAAAAGUGGUGACUUGCUGCAUUAUCCAAUACUUCUUCUAGAUACCAUGGGAGAAGGCCUGUCCGAGCUUUUUGAGCACCCAGAGUUCACGCGAACAGAUUUGGCCGUAGACACCUCGCCGGAGGAUCUUUUUAGCAUCUUGGAAACUUUCGAGGAUGCCAUCACGAAGGAAGUACCCCUGUUUGACCCAUUCCAAGGGAGUAACUUUAGCCCCAGGGUUGGCGAGCAGCCGAAUACCGGCUUGGUAUCUCAAGGGUGGUCUGCCGGGCCUUCGGAGACCGACGACGCUUUGGAGGAAGCCGGCCAAGCUCUGAAGAAGAGGAAGCUGUCGGAUUCCCCUGUUUCUCCUACCGAAGCAGGAAUCCACGAUGGGCAGCAGAAGACGUCGCACAUCGCCGUGGAGCGCAACCGGAGGAAGCAAAUGAAUGAGCACCUGUCGGUGCUGCGCUCCUUGAUGCCUUGCUUCUACGCAAAGAGAGGAGAUCAAGCAUCCAUCAUAGGAGGGGUCGUCGAUUACAUCAAGGAGCUGCAACAAGUCCUGCAGUCCCUGGAGGCCAAGAAGCAAAGGAAAGUUUACAGCGAAGUGCUGAGUCCAAGGCCGCUGUCCAGCCCCAGGCCUUCACCCUUGAGCCCCCGGCCUCCACCUCUAAGCCCUCGAAUGACCCUUCCCAUCAGUCCGAGGACGCCGCAGCCAGGAAGCCCUUACAUGCCAAAGAUGCAGCAGAACUACGUCUCCCCCACGCUGGCUUCGUCCCAUGAAUCCUCUUCUCCUUUUUUCAGCAGCAUCUCCGAGCUUGCAGCCAACUCCAAAUCCCCUGUCGCCGAUGUGGAGGUGAAGUUCUCGGGUCCUAAUGUCAUCCUUAAGACGGCUUCUCACCGCAUCCCUGGGCAAGUUCUGAAGAUAAUUGCAGCUCUCGAGGGCCUCGCGCUCGAGAUACUCCAUGUUAGCAUUAGCACCACCGAUGACACCAUGAUCAACUCAUUCACCAUCAAGGUAAUGCUAACUGAUUCGGAUUUCCUCUUACCCAGAAAAUGCUUACCAAAUGUUCUUCUGCUACUACUUUCACAACCAUCACCUUCUCUAGAACACCAUGGAUCACAGAAACAAAACCAAAAAACUGCAAGCUACAAGAUUUAAUAGUCACUCCAUGACAAAGUUGCUAGUAAAGGCUCUCACCUGCCGUUUAGCAUAGAUUUCAGCGAGUACACAUACGGGGAACCAGCUAGCUUUAUAAGCGAUGGGAAAACCACA